AUGUUCGCCAGUCGGCAGAAUAGUGCUCUUCGUUCCUUGUCGUUCAGUCUAGGUGCACAUGGACAUAUCGGCUCGUACAGCACAGCUCUUUGGGGAAGUUUCUCAGUAGACACAUUUUCGUGCGUACCACCGCUGCCGACAGAAGAGUGGAGCACUGUACCUUUUCUAGUUGCAGAGCGUUCCACACACAAUCCUACCAACGCCAUCUGCCGCCACGUCGCGCCCUCCAGCGUCCGCAUCCAAUCCCCCGCCACGCCGCGCCCCGCGCCCCGCGCCCCGCACUGCCAAGUCUGCAGCCGCGCGACUCGCGAGCAGCGCCCCGCGACCGGCGCACGCUGA